GCUCAGUACAGUUAACCUCCCUCACAGCCCACAGAGGUAGCCAUGCUUCUGAAGAGGGUCUAACAAAGGCUGGAAACUAUAGUCCCGGACUCAAUGCUCGUCUAGUUACCUUCGCGUUGUGGAGUACAGAGCUGAAGAGGCAUCAGAAGGGCAAAGCAAGCCAGAUUUAAAAAAACAAAACAAAAAAAACCCGCAUGCAUCAUGCCGUGGACACUUGAAACAAACGGGCAAAGGAUAAGCAUUCUACUUUACCGCAAAGUGCCUUCCUCUCCUUUUUUUUCAGUCAGUUGGUUCAUUACGGAUAGAUUUGGGGGCCCGCUGUUACAACAAAUGGCAGCCCCUUUCUGGAGAUUGAUGUGCCCUCUCUGGAGAAUUCAGGACUCCAUUAUCCUGUUUAUUAUUAUCAAAAUAGUUUAACCACAGUAGCAGCUGUUGGAACCUGCUGUUCAGAGACAGAUAAUGCCUUUCUGUGACAGGACGUUUGAGGGGACCCGAGAAUAAAGGGCUUCUAUUGAAGAAGCAUGAGAGCUGGGCCAAGACGGAAAGAAUAGCCAGUGACUGCCAAAAGAGCAACAAGAAGGACAUGGGGCAUCUUGAUAAGGGAGUAGCAACUUCAUCAUUUUCCACAGAAUCUUUGCUUUCCACCUUGCCCGGAGGCUUCCACACGCCCCACGAGGGAGAUUCCAACACAACCGAACUUAUUCCUAAUGACGAUGAAUAAUGAAAGACCGGCCACAUCCAAUAUCUUUAAAAAUUGCCAUCGGAAGCAUGCUGAUCCACGUGGUACUGAAGAACCUCCAGCCCAAUCUCAUUCUUCUAUAGAAACAGCACAAAAUGAAAUAGAGGAAACACCACAAGAUCCACCUGGACCAGCAGCUUCCACACGCCCCAUAAGGGAGAUUCCAAAACGUCCGAACUACUUCUUACGGAAGAUGAAUAAUGCAAGACUGGCCACAUCCAGUAUGAUUAGAAAUUGCCAUCAGAAGCAUGCUGAUCCACGCAUUACUGAAGAACCUCAAGCCCAAUCUUGUAUUUCCAUCCGAACAAUACAAAAUGAAAUACAAGAAACACCACAAGUUACACCUGGACCAGCAGCUUCCACAAGCUCCAUAAGGGAGAUUCCAAAGCGGCCGAAUAUCUUAUUAAUGAAGAUGAAUAAUGAAAGACCGGACACAUCCAGUAUCGUUAAAAAUUGCCAUCAGAAGCAUGCUGAUCCACACAUUACUGGAGAACCUCCAGCCCAGGCUGGUUCUUCCAUAGGAAAAACACAAAAUGAAAUACAAGAAACACCACAAGAUCCACCUGGACCAGCAGCUUCCACAAGCUCCAUAAGGGAGAUUCCAAAGCGGCCGAAUAUCUUAUUACUGAAGAUGAAUAAUGAAAGACCGGACACAUCCAGUAUCGUUAAAAAUUGCCAUCAGAAGCAUGCUGAUCCACACAUUACUGGAGAACCUCCAGCCCAGGCUGGUUCUUCCAUAGGAAAAACACAAAAUGAAAUACAAGAAACACCACAAGAUCCACCUGGACCAGCAGCUUCCACAAGCUCCAUAAGGGAGAUUCCAAAGCGGCCGAAUAUCUUAUUACUGAAGAUGCAUAAUGCAAGACGGGCCGCAUCCAGUAUCUUUAGAAAUUGUCAUCAGAAGCAUGCUGAUCCAUGCAUUACUGGAGAACCUCCAGCCCAGGCUGGUUCUUCCAUAGGAAAAACACAAAAUGAAAUAGAGGAAACACCGCAAGAUCCACCUGGACCAGCAGCUUCCACAAGCUCCAUAAGGGAGAUUCCAAAGCGGCCGAACUUAUUCUUCCUGAAGAUGCAUAAUGCAAGACGGGCCGCAUCCAGUAUCUUUAGAAAUUGUCAUCGGAAGCAUGCUGAUCCAAGCAUUAGUGAAGAACCUGCAGCCCAAUCACGUUCUUCUGAAGAAACAACACAAAAUGAAAUAGAAGAAACACUGCAAGGGUCGGUUGGAUCCAACAUCACUCAAACACCAGUUUUAAAUGCCAAGAAAGCAACCUCGCGAUCUUACAAGCCGAAGCCAUCACUGAGGCUGGUGAAGGUUGUUCUUAAAAAAAGAAGAUUUGGGCCAAGAAUAUGGAGAAAACUUCUUCGGAAGCGCAGUCAUUUUCUAAGAAACUUGGAAACCCUUCAAAUGCAAGCAGAAAUGGCUAUGCACCCAUCACAAUUUGAAAUUUCUACAAUCAUAAAGGAAAAUACUGGACAAGAAGAUAUUGUAAUCCCGUUUGUGGAAAGUCCUGAAGUACUCCCUAGUACCUCCGGAGAAAUUCAAGGAGAAGUGUUACCAGCAUGUUCUUGCACUACAUCUCCACGAGGAGGACAGGGAGAGCCACCAGUAGGACUGGAGAUGGUGGCGUCUAGAAAACACAUUUCUUCAUUCUUAAGGGGUAUUUGUCAAAAUCAAGCCGUCUUCUCUGUGAAUAUGGAGGCCCUUGUACCUUCUGCAAAAUCAACACCCAGGAGAAUGAGAGUGAUACCUGACUCUAUUGUAACUUCACAAGAGGACCAAGAGAAAACACCAGAGACCAUGGUGAAGGAGAAAUCUAGAAAACGUCGAUUUUCUGAACUGAUAAGAAGAAUUUUUCAGAAGCACAAUGUUACCUCUCAGAGCGUGGAAAAACCUUCAGUCUCUGAGAAUGCUUCUGCCGAAAACAACCAAAAGGAAACGGAAGACUUACCAGAGAAUGCUGAUCGUAUACGUGUAUCAGAUGACAACCAAGGAAUGAGACCCGGGACCCUGGUGAAAGUGCCAUCUAAGAGAUGCCGGCGCAUUUCUACAUUCUUAAGUAGAAUUUGUCAAGAUGAAGAUGAUACCUACCAGGAUGAGGAAACACCUCCAGUCCCUGAGGCUCCUUCCGCCCAAGAAAACCAAAUAAAAACUGAAGACUUACCGGAGAAUGCUGAUCGUAUACGUGUAUCAGAUGACAACCAAGGAAUGAGACCCGGGACCCUGGUGAAAGUGCCAUCUAAGAGAUGCCGGCGCAUUUCUACAUUCUUAAGUAGAAUUUGUCAAUAUGAAGAUGAUACUUCCCAGGAUGAGGAAACACCUCCAGUCCCUGAGGCUCCUUCCGCCCAAGAAAACCAAAUAAAAACUGAAGACUUACCUGAGAAUGCUGAUCGUACAGUUUUGCCGGAUGACGGAGGACAGGAGACCUCGCUGAAAAGAGAGACUAAAAAUCAGAAACGCAUCCGUGAACUAAUAGAGCGAGUUCGUCGCAAGGAGCUCAUGGCCCAUAUCGAUGGAGUACCACUACAAUUACUAGAUGAAGUACUACAAGCUAGUACUUCCGCUGAAGAAAUUCAAAAGAAACUAACAGAGAAUGCUGUUUCUGGUUCUUCAGAAAAAGAAGAAAAGAAACCAGAAACCAAGACGGAUGAUGACGAUGAUGAAUACAAAUGUAAGAAUGCUGUUUCUGGUUCUUCAGAAGAAGAAGAAAAGAAACCAGAAACCAAGUUACAGACGGAUGAUGACGAUGAUGAAUACGAAUGUAAGAAUGCUGUUUCUGGUUCUUCAGAAGAAGAAGAAAAGAAACCAGAAACCAAGUUACAUACUGAUGAUGACGAUGAUGAAUGCGAAUGUAUUUCUGCAGCCUUGAAAACUCCCUCUCAGGAAGAAUCUUCCACCUCUCAGCAAGAAUCUUCCACCUCUCAGCAUGAAGAGGAACUUUCUCCUCUUGAGGGUACUUCAAAAGAGACAAUUCCAAACAACGGUCUUUCAGAUAUCCCUGAAAUUAGAGAGAUUUUUAUUAGAGAGGAAGAGUUCAGCCCUAAAAACGAGGGAGGCUUUGCAGAAUUUGAAAGCUAUUUUCCAUAUGGAAUCAAUGUCUCAGAAUCAAGAGACACAAUGGCGUCUACCGUGGUGGGAAGCUAUAUUGCACAGGUGGGAGACACAGACACUGAACAUCUGCAGGACAUAGACAGCAAGGAGAACUUUCCUGAAGUAUUUGAAGUGCAAGAGUGGGAGUUGAGGAAAAUAUCAAGCACUGAAGAACCUGUAGUUAAUGUCCUGUACAUAGCCCCACCCACGUCUUCGGAUGAUGAAGACUAUGAACGCAUACAAAAGAGGAGGAAAAGGAAGAAGAAGAGGCGCUACUUCUAAUAAAAAAGCGUCUAUACUGCCCCAUGUCAUCAGAAUAAGGCAGAAAAAAAAAAAAAAAAAAAAAAAAAAUUCACCACCUCCUCAACUCCCAAGAGCACCACCUGCUAUUUACCACCUCAACUCCCAAGAGCACCACCUGCUAUUUACCACCUCAACUCCCAAGAGCACCACCUGCUAUUUACCACCUCAACUCCCAAGAGCACCACCUGCUAUUUACCACCACCUCAACUCCCAAGAGCACCACCUGCUAUUUACCACCUCAACUCCCAAGAGCACCACCUGCUAUUUACCACCUCAACUCCCAAGAGCACCACCUGCUAUUUACCAUCGCUUCAACUCCCAAGAGCACCACCUGCUAUUUACCACCUCAACUCCCAAGAGCACCACCUGCUAUUUACCACCGCCUCAACUUGUAAGAGCACCACCUGCUAUUUACCAUCACCUCAACUCCCAAGAGCACCACCUGCUAUUUACCACCUCAACUCCCAAGAGCACCACCUGCUAUUUACCACCGCCUCAGCUCCCAAGAGCACCACCUGCUAUUUACCAUCACCUCAACUCCCAAGAGUACCACCUGCUAUUUACCACCUCAACUCCCAAGAGCACCACCUGCUAUUUACCAUCACCUCAACUCCCAAGAGCACCACCUGCUAUUUACCACCGCCUCAGCUCCCAAGAGCACCACCUGCUAUUUACCAUCACCUCAACUCCCAAGAGCACCACCUGCUAUUUACCACCUCAACUCCCAAGAGCACCACCUGCUAUUUACCAUCACCUCAACUCCCAAGAGCACCACCUGCUAUUUACCACCUCAACUCCCAAGAGCACCACCUGCUAUUUACCACCUCAACUCCCAAGAGCACCACCUGCUAUUUACCACCGCCUCAGCUCCCAAGAGCACCACCUGCUAUUUACCACCUCAACUCCCAAGAGCACCACCUGCUAUUUACCACCACCUCAACUCCCAAGAGCACAACCUGCUAUUUACCAUCGCCUCAACUCCCAAGAGCACCACCUGCUAUUUACCACCUCAACUCCCAAGAGCACCACCGCCUCAACUUGUAAGAGCACCACCUGCUAUUUACCAUCACCUCAACUCCCAAGAGCACCACCUGCUAUUUACCACCUCAACUCCCAAGAGCACCACCUGCUAUUUACCACCGCCUCAGCUCCCAAGAGCACCACCUGCUAUUUACCAUCACCUCAACUCCCAAGAGCACCACCUGCUAUUUACCACCUCAACUCCCAAGAGCACCACCUGCUAUUUACCACCUCAACUCCCAAGAGCACCACCUGCUAUUUACCACCGCCUCAGCUCCCAAGAGCACCACCUGCUAUUUACCAUCACCUCAACUCCCAAGAGCACCACCUGCUAUUUACCACCUCAACUCCCAAGAGCACCACCUGCUAUUUACCACCUCAACUCCCAAGAGCACCACCUGCUAUUUACCACCGCCUCAGCUCCCAAGAGCACCACCUGCUAUUUACCACCGCCUCAACUUCUAAGAGCACCACCUGCUAUUUACCACCUCAACUCCCAAGAGCACCACCUGCUAUUUACCACCGCCUCAGCUCCCAAGAGCACCACCUGCUAUUUACCAUCACCUCAACUCCCAAGAGCACCACCUGCUAUUUACCACCUCAACUCCCAAGAGCACCACCUGCUAUUUACCACCGCCUCAACUUCUAAGAGCACCACCUGCUAUUUACCACCUCAACUCCCAAGAGCACCACCUGCUAUUUACCACUGCCUCAACUUCUAAGAGCACCACCUGCUAUUUACCAUCACCUCAGCUCCCAAGAGCACCACCUGCUAUUUACCACCUCAACUCCCAAGAGCACCACCUGCUAUUUACCACCGCCUCAGCUCCCAAGAGCACCACCUGCUAUUUACCAUCACCUCAACUCCCAAGAGCACCACCUGCUAUUUACCACCUCAACUUCUAAGAGCACCACCUGCUAUUUACCACCUCAACUCCCAAGAGCACCACCUGCUAUUUACCACCGCCUCAACUUCUAAGAGCACCACCUGCUAUUUACCAUCACCUCAACUCCCAAGAGCACCACCUGCUAUUUACCACCUCAACUCCCAAGAGCACCACCUGCUAUUUACCACCGCCUCAGCUCCCAAGAGCACCACCUGCUAUUUACCAUCACCUCAACUCCCAAGAGCACCACCUGCUAUUUACCAUCACCUCAACUCCCAAGAGCACCACCUGCUAUUUACCACCGCCUCAGCUCCCAAGAGCACCACCUGCUAUUUACCACCUCAACUCCCAAGAGCACCACCUGCUAUUUACCACCUCAACUCCCAAGAGCACCACCUGCUAUUUACCACCGCCUCAACUUCUAAGAGCACCACCUGCUAUUUACCAUCACCUCAACUCCCAAGAGCACCACCUGCUAUUUACCACCGCCUCAACUUCUAAGAGCACCACCUGCUAUUUACCAUCACCUCAACUCCCAAGAGCACCACCUGCUAUUUACCACCUCCACAACUCCCAAGAGCACCACCUGCUAUUUAUGGACAACAAUCAAUGAGACCACCCUUGGAUUAACUGCAAAAGCUGUCUGUGUAGAUCAACAUAACUUUCAUUGUGACUUUAUAAGUCACAAGUCGCUAUUAUGUUAUGCCUAUUGAGGCAGAUUGACAACUUUUUUAGCCAUUCCCUUUUUAAAGUUUUCGAGAGCUUUUAAUACAUAAUUUUUUUGUUUAUGUCUUAGAUUUAUAAAAAUAAUGGUUAUAAAUUGUGUAUCUUACA